GUCUUAUUUUUACUCUAUGUUAUGGUCUCGUUGUAUGGUGGCAUUAGUAUUCUUUUAGGUUAUUUCCUAGUUUUGUUAAUUUAUCGAAAUUAACGAAUAAAAAUAAAUAUUAUAUAACACGAACAAUGGCAGAAGCUUCCAGUGAAAAACUAUCCAAGAAUGAACUGAAACGUCGCCUUAAAGCUGAGCAAAAGUUAAAAGAAAAGGCGGAGAAAGUAGCUACAAAACCUGCACCAGUGGCCUCAGAGAAAAAAAGUGUAAAGCUUGAAGAGGAAAUCACCCCUAAUGAGUAUUAUAAGUUACGAUCAUCUGCCAUUGAGGCCCUCAAAAUGGGACCUAAAGAUGAACAUCCAUAUCCCCAUAAGUUUAAUGUGACAAUAUCUCUAGAAGAUUUUAUUGAAAAGUACAAUAGUUUGAAUAGUGGGGAAGUUCUUGACAAUGUCACAUUGUCACUGGCUGGUAGAGUACACUCUAUAAGAGAAUCGGGAGCCAAACUAAUAUUCUAUGACCUGAGAGGAGAAGGAGUAAAAUUACAGGUUAUGGCCAAUGCUAAAAUGUAUGAGUCAGAAGAAAAGUUUGAAAAGGAUACUGAUAAGUUAAGAAGAGGUGACAUUAUUGGCUGUAUUGGUCAUCCAGGAAAAACCAAAAAAGGGGAGUUGUCUGUAAUACCCAAAAGUAUUAAGUUGCUGUCACCAUGCUUACACAUGCUGCCUCAUUUACACUUUGGUUUGAAAGACAAAGAAACUAGAUUUAGAAAACGGUAUCUUGAUCUCAUUUUAAAUGAUAAGGUACGGCAGACAUUUUACACCAGAGCUAAAAUUAUAGCUUAUAUCAGGCGAUUUUUAGAUAACAUGGGCUUCCUAGAGAUUGAGACUCCUAUGAUGAACAUGAUUCCUGGGGGGGCAGUUGCUAAGCCAUUUAUCACUCAUCACAAUGAUCUUAACAUGGAUCUUUACAUGAGGAUUGCCCCCGAGUUAUACCACAAAAUGCUAGUGGUAGGUGGACUUGACCGUGUCUACGAAAUUGGGAGACAGUUUCGGAAUGAGGGCAUUGAUUUGACUCAUAAUCCUGAAUUUACAACAUGCGAGUUUUAUAUGGCCUAUGCAGAUUAUAAUGAUAUUAUGACAAUGACUGAAUCCAUGAUUUCUGGUAUGGUGAAAAGUAUUCAUGGUACUUACAAGAUUAAAUACCAUCCCGAUGGACCCGAUGGUGAAGAAGUUGAGGUGGAUUUUACCCCUCCAUUCGCCAAAGUACCCAUGAUUGCAACCUUGGAAAAAAUUCUAAAUGUCAAGUUACCUCCUGCCAACAAGUUUGACACACCCGAAGUCAAUACUCUCCUUAGUCAGCUGUGUGAAAAACAUGAGAUUGAAUGCCCACCACCCAGAACCACUGCAAGAUUGCUGGACAAGCUAGUUGGAGAGUUCCUUGAAGAGAAAUGUGUAAAUCCAACAUUCAUUAUGGAUCAUCCACAAAUCAUGAGUCCUUUGUCUAAGUAUCACAGAGAUAUACCCGGUCUCACUGAAAGAUUUGAACUGUUCGUCAUGAAAAAAGAAAUAUGCAAUGCAUACACAGAGUUGAACGACCCGUUGACUCAGCGGGAGAGGUUCGAGCAGCAAGCGCGGGACCGCGCGGCGGGCGACGACGAGGCGCCGCCGGCCGAUGAAGCCUUCUGCACCGCGCUCGAGUACGGCCUACCGCCCACCGGCGGCUGGGGGCUCGGCAUCGACCGCCUCACCAUGUUCCUCACCGACUCCAACAAUAUCAAGGAGGUGUUAUUAUUCCCGGCAAUGAAACCUGAUGACCCAAAUAAACAUAGUGGAGAGGAUAACAAAGCUCCAGAUGCAACAGCAAUGCAAAAUGGUGCAUAAUUUUAUUUAUUAGUUUGUUACUUAAGUCAUGGUGUGUGAAACCACUUAACAUUUUGCUUAAAAUAAAUUAUUAUACACUAACA